AAUCGAGAAUUCUACUUUUUCAGACCAAGUUGGUUCACUAUUUCCCAACAGUGGUGCACUUCCUGUAUGCGUUGAUUUAGCCCGGAAAUAUCGUCUCCUCCGCGUAAUCCACCUGUAGAUCAGUUCAGUCGCAAACUUAUGCUAGGGCUUUAGUACGAUGCGAAGCGUUUAAUAGUUUUUAGCGGCACAUUACUUCGUCGAGUAGGUUAUGGCUGGUUUGAGGGAAGUCGGACUUGUGGGCGCCGCUGUGGCGGUCACUGGUGGACUGGUGUAUAUCGUGUGGAAUUUGUUGUAUGCUUCGGGAAAAAAGAAGCCCGAUAAAAAAGACGAAUCCCCACCGAAGCUAGAGAAAAUACAAGCAGUAAAGGCAGAUGAAACCUCGCAGGCACCAGUACAAGCACCAGUAGUGUCAGAGACACAGCCAGCCAAGCCAAAGGGUACUUGGGUACUCGUGGUUGGACUGGAGGGAGCUGGGAAGACGAGUGUGCUUCACUGCUUUGCCACCGGGUCUUUGGAACAGGACGUCACCCCAACAGAGGGCUUCAAUGCCGUCUCUAUCAACAAAGAAGACCUUCAGAUCGAAUUUCUCGAGAUCGGGGGCACUGAGAACCUGCGAGCCUACUGGCAGAAGUAUCUGUCCAAGGCACUGGUGCUACUUUAUGUGGUGGACUCGACUGACAAGGCCCGCUUUCCCAUCGCUAAGAAGCACUUGCAUGAGCUGCUGUCCUCAGACUCCCAUCUGCCCUUAGUGGUGCUGGCCAACAAACAGGAUUUGGCUGGCGCCUGCGGUAUCACUGACCUCCAUGAAGCCCUGGAUCUUGGUCUAGUUGGUGAAGAGCGAAAACUCUUCCUCAUCGGCACGUCCGUGAGGAAGGGUGAGCGGCUGAACUCGGGCGUUGAGGACGCUCGAAAUUUGGUCAUUCAGAUGGUGGCACCUGACUGCUAGCACAUGUGCCUACAGUUAACAGAGUGUUAAACUACAGGUGUGCUGGCUAACCACUAAAUAAUGGUGGUGGCACACCAGCAUGACACAUUAAAGAAUUUUGUUUAGUCACUUAAAUUAUGUUUGGAGUUGUAGAGGUGCUCUGCACAAUAGCACAACAGGUUGCGAUCUGAGUCAUAUCAUAAACAGCAAUACCUUAUGGUCCACUUGGUCAGUCUCUCGCCCUUUUUUAUUUUUACAGUAUCCUCAUCCAAACGAGAGUAUGUGUUACUUUGUUUGUUUUCCUGAAUGUAAACAGUGGCUUAAAGGAAAGUGGUAUCACAUGCUUCUGUCUCAUAGUGAGGUUGCAGAGGUUUCCAAGUGAAAGCAGUUUGUCCAAAAAUGAUUUCAUUUUCUAAGGGCCUUCUCUUACUGUGGACAUUUCUUUUUCAAGCUUUGAUAUUGAUUACUGUAUUCACUUUUGGAAUGUGGAAUAAUAUUUGUUGGCAAUUUCGCCAUGCAGGUACAUUAUAAAAUUAUAUUUUAUAAUUAUAUAUAUAUAUAUAUAUAUAUAUAUAUAUAUAUAUAAUAUUAAUUAUAAUUAUUAUUGUUUUGUUACAUCUUGGUUUGUACUGUAAAGGACAUUAUGUGUGUCCAUUUGGUAUUUGAAAGGGACUUGUACAAUGUUAGGCAUGUCAUAGAGGACAUUACACAGUGAGGUCUUCAUGACAUUGUUAUAUUCUACUUAAGUUAAUUAUUUUUGGAAAUAAAACAAAAAAGCAUACUAAAAACAUGCCAAAGCACUCAGCUUAAACAAUUAAUGACUGUUUACACAUGCUUUGGAAAAUGUUACUUCUUUCUCUUUUGUGUUUUAAAUGAUAUUCUAUCACGGUCAUGUUUUUAUUGUAUUGGUUGGUGGAGUUACAUAGCUAAAACUCUAUCUCUCCCGUGCACUACUCUGCUAACAGGAAACAUUUCCAGACAUUGAAGAAAUGUAAAAUAUUGAAAAUACAGUUUUGUAACAUUUCCCUAAAGAUAAAGUGUUGUUUGUGGUUUUUAAACCAGAACUGUGUCAUUUUCUAAAUGUUUGGAACCUCUACUUGUGGGUUGUCAAGGAAGUUCUGUGGUUUGUAUUUGAGGUAGACUAUAUUGUAUUAUGUUUACAAAUAAACAAAGAAAAUUGUUUUCUUGAA